UAAAAGCUGUGCUCUCACUCCUUUUUCCCGUACAGGCUUCCGUGAUCGUAGCAUCUGUUUGCACACAUUCUGUCUGGUUCUGCCGCAUUGUUUUGUGCUCCUCUUCUCAACAUGACUGGUACGCCACUCCUUAGACAAGACUUAUUUCCUCAGAGCUUCCCUCAGUGGCAACAAGACUCUUCGCUUCAUCAGGUUCAGAUUCAGCAGCCAAUGGCAUAUCCCAAGGCCCGGUGGAACAUUGACCUCUGCUACUGCUGUGAAGACUCAAAGUUUUGCUGCUUUGGUUUCUGGUGCUGCUGUUGCAAUGCCUGCACACUUUCAGAAGAAUUUGGUCAGCACCGUUGUCUCCCAAUGUGCGACAUAUGCACCCCCGCCUGCACAGCAUGCUGUGGAUUACCAUGCUGCAUCCCUCCUGCUGGCUUGGCUCUGAGGGUUGCUAUACGACACAAGUACGGCAUUGAGGGAACUCUCAUAAACGACAUCUUGAUUUCUAGUUUCUGUAUGUGGUGCUCCUGGUGUCAGAUGAGAAGAGAGUUAAAAUAUCGCAAGGAAAACCCCCCUGUCAUCAACAUGCAGCCUCAGCCAGAGAUGAUGGCUCCUGCGGUCCAACCUACUGCCCCUGUAAUGCGUGCUACAGGGUUUGUAGUGGCUUCAUACUAAGAUUUAUCCAUUGGAUACUAACACAUUCAACAGCUGUGAGAAUUUCAUAUGAGUUUUAGUCAUCACAUAAAUCUUGUGGGACAUUUAUUAUUCAAAUCAUUAUUUUUUUUACCUUGGUUUUCUUUUUCUUUCAAUCAAGACGAAGUUGUUGCACAUCACAAUAAUUGUGAAAGAAAGGCUAAAAUGUAGAAUAAAUAAAUGCGAAAAUAUAUUUUUUUAAUAUAAAAUACGCUUUUUCUUA